UUGUAGUUUAAAAUGCUAUUAUACCCAGAGAACAUAGAUUUUUAGGUUGAGCUUAUUCUCAUUCUAUUCUAUUAGCUUCUCUCAGAAAUUUUUAUGAACAGAAGUCUAAUUAUUUGCUAUAGGAUUCCUGGGAUUAAGGAGACUUAAUCUGCUGAUCAGACUGCCAGAAGUGGCAGUUUGUCCAGCUACUAUACAUUCAGAAAUCUUUCUAGUAGCCUUAUGUUCUCUGCCACUAAAUGCUCAUUUGAUGACACAAUAGUGCAACCUCUGAGAACACAGAAUGUUAUUAUUUCUCAUCCUUUAAAAACAGCAAACGGGAAGCUGUUCAUAUUAAAUUAAAUGUAUUUUACCCAAAUAAAUCAGGAUAGAAUGAGUAUUGAUGCUUUUGAACUUUGGUGUUGGAGAAGACCCCUGAGAAUUCUGUGGACUGACAAGAAAACAAACAAAUGGAUCAUUGAAUAAAUCCGCUCUUGGCACAAAUGACCAGGCUAUUCUACUUUGGGUACAUUCUGUAAAGACCAAGUUCUCUGGAGAAAGUUCUAAUGCUGGGAAAUUGUGGACAGAAAAGAGAAGAAGGAGAUGACCAUCAGCAAGGAGGAUCAACUGAGUUACAGUGACAAUGAUUGCAUCAUUGGAAGAUCUGAAGGACCAGGCUAGGAAGUGAUGCUCAUGGAGAAAAUCUUUAUCUAUAUGAUUGCUAACAGUCAAAUACCAAUUGAUGGGAUAUAAUCAGUAAAAUAAAUAUGAUGGAAAGGAAUUUCCACUGAUCACAUGUGCACAAAUCUGGAAGCAUAAAUAUACAGGCGAGGAGCAUGUCGUUUAUUUAAAACAUUUAUAUAGCUACACAUCACAAACUAGGUAACUCCUAGAUAAAAAAUAUUAAAAGUAUUAAAACUAAACACAUAAAAACAAAAACCUGGCACCAAAGCAAGCUUUAUGAUAUUAUUUUUGUGAUUAUAUCAUGACUGUGAUGCAAUUGUGCUUUUGUCUCUGUAGGGUCUCUGGGGAACAUUAUAUUAAAAGGAAAGACUAUCUGGUGCUUUAAUUCUUUUAUAGUUGCCUUGAAUAAAGUAACUUCACUUAAAACCACUUCCUCUUUUUAUAGACGUUUGUGAAGUAUCCAUAGAUGCUGGCGAAGGAUCCAAUUGAUUUAUUUUUAAAAAAUGUCAUAGAUUUAGUUUGUUUUUAAAACACAAGAAAUUAUUUGAAAACGUAAAUUUUUAGUAAUUAUUUUUCCCUAUAAUUUAAUUUGGGAACCUUUCUAUGGACAGCCAAUUUUUGUCUGGUUGAUGUAUUUUUCAUGGCUACCACAUUAUCCAGCACAAUGUAUUUUUGUAACUUUAGGACUAAUUCAAAAGCCACUGAGCCUAGUUCACACAUGGACUUGUUUGUUACAAAUAUUAUAUCUAUCUCCAAUAUACUCUGAUGUUCAUCUCCAUAACAACCUUGUGAUGUAGAGUGGGAGUUCCAGUGACCAGGAAGAGAAUUGUAAACCUGGUUCCCUGCAAUAACAGGGAGGCAUUUAUCUAACAUCUUGGCUUUGAAGCUAGAAGCAUGCAUGUUGCAUCAUUUUAUCUUUGCUACAUUUAACUCUUUAAUUGUGGUUUCAAGGCUUAUCAAUCAUAUUUAGUGAGAUGCUGUAAUUUACAUACAUUCCAUAUAUAGGAUUUUAAUUAAUGUUACGAUGGCUCUUUCAGAUAAAAAUUAUACAGCAAGCCUGGAAUUCCAAUUCAAUAGCUAGUGAGAAUUUAAAUGUUUCUCCUGUUUAAUCCAUCUUUGGUUCUGAACUUUUGAAUGGAGGUCAAAGUCAUGAAAUCCCACCAGGUUUAAAGAGAUUUAUUGCCUGAGUUUGCAAACCAGGCUGGGCUAAUACAGAGUUGGCUAGUUUGAAGCUGAAUAACUUAUGUUCAUGUAGCCCCUGUGAUCAGUGUCUUGUGUGAACACUCAUGCUGAAUUUUAGUAAAUUACACUUGGUUAAUAACAGGUGAACUCUGCCAAUAGUGUCAAGGAAAUUAGAAAGACCCAGCAUUGCCACCUUCAACAGAAACAAAUUGCUUACUGCUGGGCCAGAGUCUCACAGCAGUUAUUGCAGUUAGAAAUAAGGAAAUUGCAGCAAGAGAAAAAAGACGGGGCGGGUGCACAUUUGGAGCAAUGCAGUUGAUCCAUAGAGGAGGCGGGGUUGCAAGUGGGAGCAGGUGGAAGUUGUUUACAAUAUCUGCUCUGCUGUUGAGGGUGGCCCAACAGACUGAAAAAAAAAGCAGUUUGGCUACAGGAGGAAGGAGAUCCCGAAGCUUUCUCUGGCAGUGUAAUACUUUUCAGAGUGACGAGGAAUUCUAUGGUCCGGCUGAAACAAUAAAGGCAUCGCAACUGGUAGUAUAUCUACUUUGUUCUGUGUUGGAGGAUUAGUUUCAACACACAGCCAGACUACCUAUAUGUUCCUGAGAAGCUGUGGCUUUUGGCUUGUGAAAGAGCUUUUACCAAACACAAGGAAGGAAAAAUCAUCAGUGUGCCCCUGUAGCAAUGAAAGUGGUUGUUCAGAGUUUUGGAGGUUGGGUGAUCCUCAUUUUCAGUUGGGUUUCCCUAUGUGUAAGCGUCCCAUUGUCCAAACGGGAGAUGAUACUUCAGAAGGAGAAUGCCCGGCGUACAGGUGGCAACCUUAUGCUAGCACAACAGGAAAAAUAUUUCAACUGCAAGCUUAUGCACCUCAAAAAAACAGAAGUAAUGAGAGCUAUGCAAACCGGGAUAUUUCCACCUGCUAUGCAUUUCUUCAAGGCUAAAAGUUUCAUUGAACAAAGCGCUGUGUUCAACAUCUUAAAAGAAAUGCCCAAAGGUGGCCUUUUACAUGUUCACGACUAUGCUAUCCUGAGUCCUGACUGGCUGGUAUACAAUGCAAGUUACCUGCCUAACUGUUACAUCUGCUUCUGCCCAAAAUGGACUGUUCAGUUCAAGUUUUCAAAGCUUCCUCCUAAAAAAGUGCCUCUUUGCUCCAAGUGGAUUUUGCUAAAGACCUACCGCAAGAGUCUGAAGGAUGUGGGUGGAUUUGAUAAGAGUUUACUGAGGAACCUAACACUAAUAACAGAUAAUCCGGAGAAGACCUACCCAACUCAAGCUUUCAUUUGGGACAAAUUUGAAAAUAUCUUUAAGACUGCUUCUGGCAUUAUUAAUUAUGCACCUGUGUUUAAAUCCUAUUUUUAUCAAGGUCUGCUGGAGCUCUAUAAAGACAAUGUGCAGUAUGUUGAGAUCAGAGUUAUGCUACCACCGAUAUAUGAGCUGGAUGGAAGUCUUCAUGAUAAAUUUUGGUCGGUGGCAGCUUUUGAAGAAGUGUCUAAGCAAUUUGUAAAUGAUCAUCCUGAUUUUGUGGGCCUAAAACUUAUAUAUACGACGUUCCGAAAGCAAAGUGUUUCCCAGAUCAAAGAAGCUAUUCACACAGCCAUCAAACUCAGAACUAAAUUCCCAAAUACUGUGGCAGGGUUUGAUUUGGUUGGUUGGGAAGAUGGUGGAUACUCUCUCUGGGAACUGAAAGAAGCUUUAAGUUUGCCAGAAACCCAAGGAAUUAAGUUGCCAUAUUUCUUUCAUGCUGGUGAGACAAACUGGGAAGGCACUUCAAUCGAUAACAAUUUGUUGGAUGCUCUGUUAUUGAAUACCAAGCGGAUUGGUCACGGCUUUGCCCUUGCCAAGCAUUCAGAAGUUAGGAGGUUGGCGUUGAAAGGAAAUAUUGCUGUAGAAGUCUGUCCUAUUUCUAAUCAGGUCCUGAAGCUAGUAUCAGAUCUGAGAAACCAUCCUGCUGCUUUUCUGUUGUCAGAGGGUCAUCAGAUAGUGGUUGCCUCUGAUGAUCCGUCCAUUUUUGGAGCAAAGGGAUUAUCCUAUGACUUCUAUGAGAUGUUUAUGGGCAUAGGAGGGAUGAGUGCCGAUCUGAGAACUCUGAAGCAACUGGUGCUAAACUCUUUAAAAUACAGUAGUAUGCAACCCGCUGAGAAGAUAAAGGCCAUGAACAUUUGGCAAAAAAAAUGGGACCACUUCAUUGCCAAUUCUGCAGCUUCGCCCCAGGUAUACGAACUAUCAGAAGAGAAACAAUUACUUGAAUUUUGGGGCUAGAAAAAUACAGAAAUACAAUGAAAUGCUUACACGUAUGCUUCUUUUUAAAAGCUAGUGUUUAAAAUAUAUGCAGCCUAGUUUUACAGCAUAGAAAAGGUAAGAACCUUGCUGACUUUCAAACAACCAGUGAUAAGGGAUGUUUGCAGUUUAGUUCAGAAAUAUCUGAACGGCCACAUAUCUCCCCACAAUUAUACAGGUGUAAUAAUAUUUAUUGAAUGUAUCUAUUUCAUUUUAUACAUAAGCCAGGUGGUUUACAAAAGUUUAAUGAAGUGCAGUGUAGUAAUACUAUAGAUUAGAAACUUAUAUUAGAGUUGAAAAUGGAUUAUAUUUCAGUUUUUUUUCCCUUAGCAGUAAUACAAAAAAAAAAUUAAAUGUUUUUUAAUUUAUUUAAUUAAUAUCCUCUUCAAUUCAUUUGAAUUAUAUUUAACUAAUCAGAUUUGAUUUCACUAUAAAGACAUAAAUAAAGCACAUUUUUUUCUGGAGGAAAAAAUAUUGUUAAAUAGUAAUAGCAGAAUGAGGCAUUCUUUUUUAUAUGUAUCAGAGAUCAAUGCUAUUCAUUGUACACAAAGCUACCUUCAUUAUAUAUAUGUAAUGUUAAAAUGCUGAUAAUCAGUUAUGAAUACAUUAAUCAUGUAAUGGAGCAUAUUUGAAUUUUACUCUAAUAAAUAACUUCUAUCAUA